UUCAUUCAUCGUGCGACGACGUCUCUCAUUCAGUCUCGAGUUUAUAAAUUUUUAAUUAUUUAUCAAGUGUGUAUUUGUGUCGCAUUUUAUAUCUAUCGAUGUGUCGUAAAAAAAACAACUUUAUGUGCAUGUAUCGAAAAGAUUCAAGUCAUUUUAUAAUAAUUAAUGGUAUAACAACUACUACUAGUUUUUCGUAUCGAAUUGAGAGUCACGAUGAAAUAAAUGCAUGAUUCAAAUAAAAAGUGAUUCAGAUUUUCUUCAAACAAGAAAAAUAAACAAAUAAACUAUUAUUUGAUAAGAUACAAGUUUUUUUUUAUUGAAAAGUGACUCAUUUAUCAUAAAAAAUAAAAAUAAGUGAAAAGUGAAGUGCCCUUACCAAAAAAGUGCCUUGAAAACAACUAAAUGGGAUAAAAAAAUAUCUCAAAAAAUUACAAAAAAGAGAUUUUACGCUUUACAACUUUUUUUAUGCAAUCAAACAACAAAAACAACAACAAAAAUGUAUUCAACACGUCUUCUGUAACGGAAUUCCCAUCCGUACCUUUUUUUUUUAACUUUAUUUGAAUUUCAACAAAAAGUCUCAUCUCAUCGAUUCUAUUAACGUUGAACUACUUUUUUUCGUGAAUAAAAAAAUAAUUCAGCGUCAUCAUCAAAAAAAAAAGUAAUUCGGACAAAAUUGUUUAUGUUUUUAUGUUUCUAUUGCAUCAUCAGCAGUAUUGUCGAGAUACGGAAGAAGUAAUAAUAACAAGACUUCCAUCAACGUAAACACAUUUUAAUGGCGAGAACUUUGUAAAUCCAUCAUUAAAAUUCUUCAAUAAACAAUUUUUACGGGAAAAAUUGGAAAAUUGCUCAUUUCAGCGAUCGAUUUCACGCGUCUGGGUCUGAGAUGAAAGCAUCGAAACGCAAAAAACUGUUAUUAUUAUUGAUAUAAUAAAACAAUCAACUUCGCAGCAGCAUAAAAAAAAUUAAUAAUAACACUCGAAAGUGGAAAAAACAUAAAAAAAAUCAUCAAACAAACAAGCGAACGAAGAAAAAAAAAUUUUUUUUAAGAUGGUAGUAAUAAAUAAAUUGUGUCCGGUACUCAUCGUAGUUGUUGUUGUUGUUGUAAUUUCUUACGCCACAAACGCUGUUAAUGGUCAACAGAGUUUUUUACAUAAUAACGAUCAGUUUCCGGUCGAUGGAGUUGUAAAUCGCUUCAAGCGAACGACAACAUUCGACGGGGAUGCCAUCGAGGUCAAUGUCGAUGCGCGACGUCAAGCAAAGGCAGCGAUUGUUAAUCAAAGUGCCGUGCCCGAGGAUCGUACCGCCCGCAUUCGACGCAGCAAGCAGGAUCUGUGUCAACACUUAUGCACAUGUGAUACCGAAGGAACGGAAAAAUUUGUGACUGUUAGUUGUAGUUUUUUAAUGGAUAAGGAAUAUAUUUUAGGAUCGAAUUUUUUCAUACAAAAUAACACACGUCGCCUUCGCAUCACGUUAUCGGAUAAGACAACGCUGCGACUGGAUGACGGAUUUUUCCAGCAGAACAACGUCGCGAGUGUGCAAAUAACGGGUCUCGUGGGAAACGGAGGCCAAAUAGAGAUUACCAAAUAUGCAUUUGCUCAAAAUAUCGGAAUUUAUCCGGAAAUUACGAUUAAUCGAUGUGCCAAAUUGAUUCUGAAGGAGUUCGCUUUCAGAGGAAUGACUGACGAGCGAGUUCGUGAACUUAAAGUCAACGUAACGAACUGCCGGGAGGUUUUUGUGACCAAAGAUGCCUUUAGCAACACACGAUUCGCCCUCCAUUUAGACAAUAUCGAGCAUUUGGGACUUUUUGAAGGAGCUUUUGCUGGAUCGAUCGAUGGAAAAGUCGACAUCUCCAACGUUCACAUGGAAGAGAUCACCAGCAUCGGUGCUUCGUUGAAAAUGUUUCAGCUGAAAAACAGUUCCGUGAAGAAAAUCACAAAUGGGGCCUUUAGUGUGGUUAGUAUCGAUUCGUUGGUGUUUGAAAAUAGUAAAAUAGAUAGAAUUGAGAAGGGAUCGGUGGCAGAAAAGCUUUUUUGUAAAUACAUGGCGAUUAUUGGAUGCGAAAUUGACACUAUUGAGUCGAAUGCCAUCGAUGGAAGCGGAAUUAUGGAUUUUGAGUUGAACGAAAAUAAGAUCAAUGUCAUCGAAAAACAAGCCUUUGUAGGUACAGCUCUCAGCACAUCAGUCCAUGAUAACACUAUAAAAUCCGUCGGAUAUCAUUGGUUAUCGAUGCGCGAUUGGACAAACAUCACUAUUCACAAUAACACGUUCGGCGAAUGGUCUGUGAUCAACAUUGGCAAGACCUCCAAUCCAGAAACUUGCGUUUUUAGUCGGAAUUUUAUCACAAAACUCGCUCCCGGGAGUCUCAAUUUCAAUCAUACGUCGUGUAAAUAUCGGGAAUUGUCCUUUUUCACACUUUGCAAUUGCAAUACGGAGUGGUUGGAUAAAUUAAGUCCCGUGAAAUUGAUUGGAGAGAGCUUUUGUCGCGUUGAUGAUGCGUUAAAGCAUUGUUUUAACUCCACGACGUUCAAUGUUCAACGUUAUUUGGACCAAGUAUGUGAUACAAAGGCAAAACAGCUGGAUUGUAUGAAAAAUAUGAACUUGAAAAAGGUCGAGGGGAAGUUCAUUUCGCCCGAGGAGAUACGAGAAACGACAAAAAUGUACAUUUUAAUUGGGAUUAUUGGAGUUUUGUUCCUUAUUGCGGUCAUUUUUACGCUUGUGGUGUACUUUGCAUGCAAAAAAUGCUGCAGCGGCAAGGAAGAAACCGAAGAUUAUCUUCUCACGGGACGUUCCAAGCGCGCGAAGACCUUUUCUGACGAGGAUCGGAAAAUAAUUAUCAAUACCUUGGACACGAUGAAGCUCACGGAAUCUCAUGCGCUGUACAGUCGCGUUUAUAAUCACACUCAGAAGCUCAUGGAUGGCGGCUUGGAUGAGACAGAGAAGGUUUUGUGCAUCGGCGAGAUCGUUCAUGCGCUCAACGAGAAGCAAAAUCACACCUCAGACUAUAUCGCCUUCACAGAUAUCCUUUCGCGACAACUCCGCCCGAUGGAAAGUGCUCCGCCCGAGUCAGAACUCGACGAUAUCACGUUGGAAGAGACAAAUGACGUCAACAUUCAGCGCCAAUCGCAUCACAAUAACGAACAUAUUUAUGCGGAGCCUCAACUUUUGUGUGGCGCGCAGAAACCUUUGCUCAAUAACGAUUACUCGUUGCCCAUGGAUAAGGAUAACGAGGCACUUCCAUUGUAUUCCGAGCCAAUUCGGAAGAUAAAAUCACCGCCAGAGCCUUUGCCGCGCAUGGCAACCCCAUAUGCCAUUGGAAAUGCGACAAAUAUCGUCCAAUUAACCCCCACGGAUGCCAUGAUAAUCGAGAGUCCCACAGCUGGCGGCACCAAUAUCACGCACAAGUCCCAACAAAACCUGCCAGAUAUUUUGUAUCAAAGUGUAAAUAAUAACAAUAAAAAAUUUAGUACUACUACGCGACGUAAUGAAUCGACGGAAGUCACUCCGCCGCGUGUUUAGAAAAUAUUUUUUCAAAUUUAUUAAUAAAUAAAUAUUAUUCCAUUGUGAUAUGAUUACCAAAUUAAGUAUUCCUUUUAAAUUGCGCAAGUGCGUUAAACUUUAUAGUAAAUAAAAAAAUUAAUGUUCGGUUUAUAAACAAAAGAAAACGGAAGAUGUGAAGUCAUGAAUAUUUUUAUUUGUUAUAGUCUGAAAUUUUAUUUCACAAAAGAAAAAAAUUGUCUUCCGAGUAGAUUUAUUUUUUUGUAAAAAGUUGUAUAAAUAUUGUUUUUAUUAGGAUAGGUAAUGGUUGUUUUAAUAAGAAUCAUGCAAAUUUUGUUAGUAGAAUGAUUAAAAUUGUAAUUUUAUGUACGAAUUGUCCACAUAUUACGCAAUAAAAAUAUGUAAAUUUUAAUUAUUUCAUUUUUUUGUUUGGAAAUCGGAGCGAAUAGUGAA